AUGCUCAAGGAUGCGGACGCUAUCGACGAGUGGUGGCGUAAAGCCUCGUCUAGUUCCCAGUUCCGCGACUUGAAGAGGAUCAGUCAAUGCUACUACGUGCAUGAUCACGAUCCGUCGGUAAAGCAGCAAGACUGCAGGACUUACUGGAUAGGUAAUUCACUUGGAUAUAUCAUCCCCGCAAAGACGAUAUGGCAGUUCAGAGACAUAAAUUCAUCACACUUGCGCCCAGUCAUCCCCCCACAGGAUGAAAAAGAGUACUCCGACAACAUCAUCUUAACCAACAGCUUCUUUGUCCGGUCGAGAGCGGACCCUCGUGACUUUUGGCACAUCCCUCGUAGAGGGAGCGACGCCAACGUAUUACUCGUCUCUCGCGCGAAUCGCACCCGGUUUCGUAUAACGGCAACGUACGCGCCGGAGCCGCUCAAUGGCGGACCCACCAUCAUGAUUGGAUCCGACGCAAUCGAGAUCGCCGAGGCGAGAACAGGCAGGCUGGUAGGGAUUACUGCAGAAGGGUGUCUUGCGCUCUUGGGGUCUGCGGCAGCGACGGUCGAGCUGAUAGUGGAGGAGCGUGGGGAAGAUGUGGCUGGGAAGACUGACACCAAUGGUGGCACGACGCAGAUCUUCUUCAGAGACUUCAAGUCCAAGUUUUCUGUUGUCCCAGACGACGACGAUGAACGGAGGCUGCUUGAGCUUGGUGACGGGGAAGAAUGGGAGCUAGUUUAA